AGGGAUAAAUCUUCGCUAUCGCAUUUUUUCGCGCUCAACCGGUUUGAGAAAAAAAGCAAUUAGCUGGGGAAAGCUACUACUUCAAACACAACUCUCACACAGUCACAUCCUGCACAAAAACAUCGGAGCUUUUGCUCGUAAGAAGUGUAGUAGGGACUUAAAAGUAAGAAACAGGAAGAAAAGUAGAAAACCUGCUUUCAACGAACAAAAAUCUUCAAGAUCAUGGCUAUGAAGAUGCAGAAGGUCGCGAUCGUCGCUGUCGCCGCUCUCAACCCCCUGGGC